ACUGAAGUACACUUUUUAACUCUUUUCACAGCAUGUAGAAUCCACGAAGCACAAGACUUUAAAGCUUCCUGCCUGCAUCACCAGGAAAACUUCUUUGUAAGAGUCGCCACAGGAUUACCAGAGGUUAACCUGUUUGAAGCAUCAUGUGUUAAAACAACAGAAACCUGUUUUCUUGUGUGGCUAACUAGAACCAGAGUACAAUGUUUCCAGUUCUUUGAGCUCCAGGAAGAUAGAGGACAGAGUUGAAACUCUGAAAAUGCGGGCAUGGACUGGUUCCUGGCGUUGGAUUAUGCUCAUUCUUUUUGCCUGGGGGACCUUGUUGUUUUAUAUAGGUGGUCAUUUGGUUCGAGAUAAUGACCACCCUGAUCACUCUAGCAGAGAACUCUCCAAGAUUCUUGCAAAGCUUGAACGCUUAAAACAACAAAAUGAAGACUUGAGGCGAAUGGCUGAGUCUCUACGAAUACCAGAAGGCCCCAUUGACCAGGGGACGGCUACGGGAAGAGUCCGUGUUUUAGAAGAACAGCUUGUUAAGGCCAAAGAACAGAUUGAAAAUUACAAGAAACAAGCCAGAAAUGGUCUGGGGAAGGAUCAUGAAAUCUUAAGGAGGAGGAUUGAAAAUGGAGCUAAAGAGCUCUGGUUUUUUCUACAAAGUGAACUGAAGAAAUUAAAGCAUUUAGAAGGAAAUGAACUCCAAAGACAUGCAGAUGAAAUUCUUUUGGAUUUAGGACAUCAUGAAAGAGCCUAUGUCCUCAGUGAUAUUCUCAUGGGAAAUACUGUCUCAUUAGUGAACAAUGAAAGAAAAAUGAUUGCGUUAGUACUGCCUACUGCUGUGAAGAGGAAAUUAAUUAUCCCAUACAAGUCUAUCAUGACGGAUCUAUACUACCUCAGUCAAACAGAUGGAGCAGGGGAUUGGCGUGAAAAAGAGGCCAAAGAUCUGACAGAGCUGGUCCAGCGGAGAAUAACUUAUCUCCAGAAUCCCAAGGACUGCAGCAAAGCCAGGAAGCUGGUGUGUAACAUCAAUAAGGGCUGUGGCUAUGGUUGCCAACUCCAUCAUGUGGUCUACUGUUUCAUGAUUGCUUAUGGCACCCAGCGAACACUCAUCUUGGAAUCUCAGAAUUGGCGCUAUGCUACUGGUGGAUGGGAGACUGUGUUUAGACCUGUAAGUGAGACAUGCACAGACAGAUCUGGCCUCUCCACUGGACACUGGUCAGGUGAAGUGAAUGACAAAAAUAUUCAAGUGGUGGAGCUCCCCAUUGUAGACAGCCUCCAUCCUCGGCCUCCUUACUUACCACUGGCUGUUCCAGAAGACCUUGCAGAUCGACUCGUAAGAGUCCAUGGUGAUCCUGCAGUGUGGUGGGUGUCCCAGUUUGUCAAAUAUUUGAUUCGUCCACAACCUUGGCUAGAAAAGGAAAUAGAAGAAGCCACCAAGAAGCUUGGCUUCAAACAUCCAGUCAUUGGAGUCCAUGUCAGACGCACAGACAAAGUGGGAACAGAGGCAGCCUUCCAUCCCAUCGAAGAGUACAUGGUACAUGUUGAAGAACAUUUUCAGCUUCUCGCACGCAGAAUGCAAGUGGAUAAAAAAAGAGUAUAUCUGGCUACCGAUGACCCUACUUUGUUAAAGGAGGCAAAGACAAAGUACUCCAAUUAUGAAUUUAUUAGUGAUAACUCUAUUUCUUGGUCAGCUGGACUACACAAUCGGUACACAGAAAAUUCACUUCGGGGCGUGAUCCUGGAUAUACACUUUCUCUCUCAGGCUGACUUCCUAGUGUGUACUUUUUCAUCCCAGGUCUGUCGGGUUGCUUAUGAAAUCAUGCAAACCCUGCAUCCUGAUGCCUCUGCAAACUUCCACUCUUUAGAUGACAUCUACUAUUUUGGAGGCCAAAAUGCCCACAACCAGAUUGCCGUUUAUCCUCACAAACCUCGAACUGAUGAGGAAAUUCCAAUGGAACCUGGAGAUAUCAUUGGUGUGGCUGGAAACCAUUGGGAUGGUUAUUCUAAAGGUGUCAACAGAAAACUUGGAAAAACAGGCUUAUACCCCUCCUACAAAGUCCGAGAGAAGAUAGAAACAGUCAAGUAUCCCACAUAUCCUGAAGCUGAAAAAUAGAGAUAAAGUAGAAGAGAUUAACCACAGAACUCAGUUCAGACCAUCUCGGCUAAGCAGAUGACCCAGACUAACACGUGGUUCGUUGACAGACACGCUCCACACCAAGACCGAGUGGGAACCCUCAGAUGCUGCACUGGUGGAAUGCCUCGUUAUGAAGGGCUGCGGUGCCCUCAAGCCCAUGCACAGUACAAUAAUGUACUCACACAUAACAUGCAAAUGGAUUAUUUUCUACUUUGCCCCUUUAAAUAUUAUGUCCCCAUUAAACAAACACUGCCACGUUGUGUAAUUUAAGUGACACAGACAUUUUGUGUGAGACUUAAAACAUGGUGCCUAUAUCUGAGAGACCUCUGUGACUUACCGAGAAGAUGUGAACAGCUCCCUUCUCUGGGGAAGCUAGUGGUGGUGUGGCCACUGAAUUCACUCCAGUCAACAGAUUCAGAACGAGAAUGGAUGUUUUCCCUUCAUAUGGUUGUCUGGAUUUUUUUUAAAGUAAUUUCAUCAGUUCAGUUUAUCCACCUCAUCAUUAAUAAAUGAAGGAUACAUCAAUAAAGUAAAAUGAAAUAUUCACUCUCCAUUAGGAAGUUUUGUAAAACAAUGCCAUGAACAAAUUCUUUAGUACUCAAUGUUUCUGGACAUUCUCUUUGAUAACAAAAAUAAAUUUUAAAAAGGAA